AUGCCAUUCGUCAACGUUGCAGGGGAUGUUAAUCUCUUUUACGAGAUCAAGCCUACCACCUCAGCCCUUCAAGCCACCACCCCCUGGCUACUUAUCCUUCACCCACAAUUCCUCGAUAUCUCAUUUGUUUAUCCUUACGUCGACGGGCCAGGUCAACUACUCGAACGAUUCAAUAUCAUCCUAAUUGACUUCCGUUCUCAUGGCCGCACGCAAGCAAAAGUCUCGCCAUCCUGUGAUCUCUGGACCCUGGCUGCCGAUCUGGCCUUCGCACUCCACAAGCUCAAUCUGCCUCCUGUUCACCUUCUGGCUACCGAUCCACUCGGCGCCGAGGUAGCAAUCCGUUUCAGUGGCUUGUUUGCCAGCCUCGUAGUGAGCGUUUGUAUGUGUACCAUGCCACCCUCUCAAGAGGAAGGAUUUGUCAGCACUGCAUUCCAAGCCGUCAUGGGAUCCUGGACGAAUCCAGAGCUUCCUGAAGAUUGGGAUGCUUCUGUCUCGGCGACACAAUGGUGGCUGUAUGGGCCUCGAUCGACUUAUUGCUCUUUGGAUGUCCUGGACGCUUGGGCUGGCGCGUUGAUCCGUCGAUAUCCUCCCUGCAAGGCAACACUUGCGCUCGGUUCUUGUGUUGCCUACGUAGAGCGUGAGACACCUCCCUCGUCAUUGGCACCCCUGCUCAAGGCACCCAUGCUGGUGCUACACGGCGAUUUCCAGAAUAUCUACGAUUGCCCCGGUGCUGAGCGCAGGUUUAAUGAAUUCAUCAACCUUCCCCCUCCGAGUAGUUUCAGAGUUAUGAAAGAUACCCCCCUUCAAAUGUUUGACACGUUCCCUGAACGAGUGAAGGAACAGUAUUACCCGUGGAUCGACAAUCUGCUUGCACAACAAACAAUCAUCCCAGCUGAGCCCUCUGCUACAAUAUCGACGUUGUUCAAUCCUAGCGAAGCUCUGAAACUACUGGCCGAACUACUCGGUGACCCUUCGGUUGCUUCUCGCGACCCUCACACCAGCGACAGUUUCUAUGCUCUUAGUGAUGAAAAGAUAUCGAGCAACGCGGAACGAAUUCGAACUCUGGAAAGCAAUCAGAUCAGCAAAUUUUCUAUCUUAGGAGGUGGUGCACCUGAAUCUUGGACUGGUGCUUCAUUUGAGGAGCAAAAUCCAGAGAGGUUUUCAAAACGCAUUCAAAAAAGUGCUGGCGAGGGUGGGACAAGCAUGGUUGAGGAGAUUAUAUUGGCUAUCACCGAAUCAACGGCUGAAGACGACUUGUUAUGA